UCCCUCCUUUCUUUUUCUGUACAGUGAUUCACCGCCAUGGGGGCGUCCUUGCUCCCAGAUCUUGGGACUGAGAUUUUGAUUCCGGUAUGUGCCCUCAUCGGAAUCGGCUUCGCCUUGUUUCAGUGGCUGCUUGUUUCCAGAGUGAAGCUCACUGCCGAGAGGGAUAGUUCUCCCUCCAACAACGGCGCCAAGAAUGGUUACAAUGAUUCACUCAUCGAAGAAGAGGAGGGUAUUAACGAUCACAACGUCGUCAUUAAGUGCGCCGAAAUUCAGAACGCCAUCUCUGAAGGAGCAACUUCUUUCCUUUUCACCGAAUAUAAGUAUGUUGGAAUCUUCAUGGUGGCUUUUGCAAUCUUGAUAUUCCUGUUCCUUGGUUCUGUUGAGGAAUUCAGUACAAGCCACCAGCCUUGCACCUAUGAUCAAACUAAGAUGUGUAAACCAGCCCUUGCUACAGCUUUGUUCAGCACUGUAUCUUUCUUGCUUGGUGGCAUUACAUCAGUUGUUUCUGGUUUCCUUGGAAUGAAAAUUGCAACUUAUGCAAAUGCAAGAACUACACUGGAGGCCAGAAAGGGAGUUGGAAAGGCUUUCAUUGCUGCAUUCAGAUCUGGUGCAGUUAUGGGGUUUCUCCUUGCUGCAAAUGGUCUUUUGGUUCUUUACAUUGCCAUUAAUGUGUUUAAGAUUUACUAUGGUGAUGACUGGGGAGGUCUUUUUGAGGCCAUAACUGGUUAUGGUCUUGGUGGGUCUUCUAUGGCUUUGUUUGGAAGAGUUGGUGGAGGUAUUUAUACUAAGGCUGCUGAUGUUGGUGCUGAUCUUGUUGGAAAGGUUGAAAGAAACAUUCCUGAGGAUGACCCAAGGAAUCCAGCUGUGAUAGCUGAUAAUGUUGGUGACAACGUUGGGGAUAUAGCUGGCAUGGGAUCUGAUCUUUUUGGGUCAUAUGCUGAGUCGUCCUGUGCUGCUCUUGUUGUUGCUUCCAUAUCUUCAUUUGGUGUGAACCAUGAGUUUACAGCAAUGCUUUAUCCUCUCAUCAUCAGUUCAGUGGGCAUCCUGGUCUGUUUGCUUACCACCUUAUUUGCAACUGACUUCUUUGAGAUCAAGGCUGUAAAGGAAAUUGAGCCAGCAUUGAAAAAGCAGCUUAUCAUUUCCACUGCUUUGAUGACUGUUGGAAUUGCAAUUGCAACUUGGGUUGCACUUCCAUCAUCCUUCACUAUCUUUAAUUUUGGAGAGCAAAAAGUCGUCAAGAGUUGGCAGCUAUUCUUGUGUGUUGCUGUUGGUCUGUGGGCAGGGCUUGUUAUUGGAUUUGUAACUGAGUACUAUACCAGCAAUGCUUAUAGCCCUGUACAAGAUGUUGCAGACUCCUGCAGGACUGGUGCUGCUACUAAUGUUAUAUUUGGCCUUGCCUUGGGAUACAAAUCUGUCAUUAUUCCUAUUUUUGCUAUUGCAGUUAGCAUUUUUGUUAGUUUUAGCUUUGCUGCCAUGUAUGGUAUUGCUGUUGCUGCCCUUGGGAUGUUGAGUACCAUAGCCACUGGAUUGGCCAUUGAUGCGUAUGGUCCAAUUAGUGACAAUGCUGGAGGUAUUGCUGAAAUGGCUGGCAUGAGUCACAGAAUUCGUGAGAGAACUGAUGCCCUUGAUGCCGCAGGAAAUACAACUGCUGCUAUUGGAAAGGGGUUUGCAAUUGGUUCUGCUGCUCUAGUUUCUCUUGCCCUGUUUGGUGCCUUUGUGAGCCGAGCUAAUAUUUCUACAGUUGAUGUGCUGACUCCAAAGGUCUUUAUUGGCUUACUCGUGGGUGCAAUGCUUCCUUACUGGUUUUCUGCCAUGACAAUGAAGAGUGUAGGAAGUGCAGCUCUGAAGAUGGUUGAGGAAGUACGCAGGCAAUUCAAUACAAUCCCUGGCUUGCUGGAGGGCUCUGGCAAGCCUGACUAUGCUACGUGUGUUAAGAUCUCCACUGAUGCUUCUAUCAGAGAGAUGAUACCACCUGGUGCUCUUGUUAUGCUUACACCACUUAUUGUUGGGAUAUUUUUUGGUGUAGAAACACUUUCUGGUGUGCUUGCUGGAUCCCUUGUGUCUGGGGUACAGAUUGCUAUUUCUGCAUCCAACACUGGCGGUGCUUGGGAUAAUGCCAAGAAGUACAUUGAGGCUGGUGCGACAGAGCAUGCAAGAAACCUUGGUCCUAAAGGAUCUGAUCCACACAAGGCAGCUGUUAUUGGUGACACCAUUGGUGACCCUCUCAAGGAUACGUCUGGACCAUCACUUAACAUUCUUAUCAAGCUGAUGGCUGUUGAGUCUCUUGUGUUUGCCCCAUUCUUUGCUACGCACGGUGGUCUUCUCUUCAAGCUUUAAUUUUCCUGCUUUGUUGGAAGAAAAAGGAAAAUCCCAGUGUCUUUUCAUUGUUACUCUUAACACGGCUGUCAUGCAGACAUUUUUUUUUUUCACUUUCAGACUUUUUCUCCCCUCUCCAAUCAAAAUGUGCCUAGUUUAUCGUUCUUUGCUUUGAUAUACCACGUAGGCUAUUUCAGGAAAGAAAAAUUUUCGUUGUAAAGAGGUUGACAAUGAUGAUGGUGGUGAUGAUAAUGACAAUACUUAUCAAUCUCUUCUGCAAAUAUUCUGGCUUUUAGACAUGCUUGGCUGUUUUAAUUA